UCGGGUACUAAAAAUAGCAUGGGAUUAGUCUAUUAAUUUUGACUGUACUUUCGGUUUAUAAAAAUCAAUAAACUUCCGCAUUUAAUAUAUUGUGUCUGAAACAUAAACAUGGCAGAGGGUGGAGGUGGCGUGCCACAAGAUGGUGAGGAGCGGUUACCUAAACUAGAGGACUUCCUGAACAAUGAAGAACUCAGGCGUCUCUAUCAAGACCCAGAGGUUCAGAUGAUUUUGACUGAAAUUGAAAAUAACCCCGCCACAAUACACCAACAUCACAAUCACCCGAAAGUCCAGCAAGUUCUGCGACUGAUUCAGUCCGAAUUUGAGCGACAACCUCUUUCCACGAGCAAAGGAGAAUUUGAGGAAAUGACAACACCAACACAAAACAAUGACGACUUACCCUUAGAGGACAUCAUACAGAUUAUAGAAAUGGAGGAAAACAGUCAGGGACAUUCUGUUUGAUGAGAGGACAGGAAAUUAAGACCUCCUAGAAUGAUCAACUCUGCAGUAUUAAAAAUUCAUAAGAAAACACCAAAAUCUCCUU